CCCCUAUCGUGAACGUGCCGGGCACAACCCAACACGCACUAUAGUAGUCACUGUGUUCGUCGUAUGUAAUUUUACUUUUUUUUCUCUCUCUUUUCACUGACGCUCUCUGUUGCCCGGACGAUAUCGACCGUGUGGAACACAAAAGCGACGGGCGGGGACUGUCCGCAGACGCCGCGGCUUCACGAUUCGAUGUCGCCGACGCGCGGAACCACCACGCGACCGACCGGCGGCCGGAAUCGCCCCUCCCCUGCACCGGACACUCCACCGGCCGAGCCCGUAGCGCUCUGAGCGAAAGGCUUAGCGGAACGAGAUUCGCCAGGAAGCUGGCAUGGGUUGUGGCGGCAGCAGCCAUGCAACGCUUCCGCUGGAUGUUGUCGUCACAUACCCUCACAAGGAUACCGUCGCAGAAAUGGUGAAGCCCCAGCAAAAUUCAUACGUGCCUCAAACUGAAACAACUGUUGUAUCCCAGAUGACGCAGCCCGAAACGAAGGAAUUGGACAGCGCGGAGCCGGACGACAAAUCACCUCGUGCGGACGCCGAAGAGUCCCCCAUCGCCGUCGAGUGCCUUCACGCGUACGUGCAGCACGAGCGGCGCAUCCACCAACUGGAGCGUCGACGCACGCUGCAGUGCUACCAAAUCAAGCUUGACCAGCUGCGCCAGCUGGAAGUGGCUGCCACGAACCUCGAGAACGAACGGCAACGUCUGGCCCAGAAAAUGGCGGCGGUGAAUAGCCUCUUCAACGACGGCGAAGCCGUGACAGUGAGAAACGAGCUGCUGCGGCAAAAGGAAGGUGACGGCGCGCUACAUCCGGACCAAGAGGAGUACCUGGACGACGUAAACAGAAUGGAAGUCUGCAACAACGAGCUUAAAGCGACGGAAAAGCAAAUUGAAGUCAUACGAAAAGAAGUUCAAGAGCUUUCAAAUGACUGCGAAGAACUCGCGCAACUGUACCAAGACAGAGACAACCUUUUAGACACCAUCAUCUCGAAGACUUCCGGGAGCGAGCUGGAAUGCCAGCUUGCCCUGGACCUCGAGAAGCUGAACAUCUGCAAGCAGCAGGUGGACCUGACGCACUUCAAGUGGUCACAAGCACUGCUCAUGGUGCGUCAGGCGUGCUCCCAGUUCUCCAGGGCACUCAAAAAAUGGAAGGACCUCGACACCGUCCCUGAAAGCGACGAGAAGAUGCGGUACUACUGUGCAGCCGAAACCAGGAACAACCUCAGUGCUGCCUUACAAAACUUGCAAGGGGCUCAGCGUUAUCUAAAAAACAUUGAGUUCCCUUACUGCAACCCCAGCGAGAUAGAGACCGUCUACAAGGCCGUCACCUAUAUCUUCACAGACAUGAAGGCGCCGGAAAGACGAGAGCACGCCUUUAAUUGCUACAAUAGCGCAUACAGGAGAGCAGGAGCUCUCAAGCAAUGGCUAGAAAUGGUGAUAAACAACAUAAUAUACCACGACCUCGGCAUUCUAGAGGAGCGGUGUCGAGAAAAAUCCGCGCUGCUGCGAAAGGAGAGGAUACGGCUCAUAAAGGAUUCAAUCAAAAGCACUACGGGCAAGGAAAUCAAGCUUGACGGCGUCGAUUACAACAUGGAUGCUGAUACGGACACAUUCCAAGAUGACGACACUGCGCAGCUGUUUUACGCCGAAAGGGCACUGAGUAGGAGCUCAAUCGUGACUCCAGACGUCGGCCGGACAACGCUGCCAACGCCGGUGCCAAUGUCUGAUCUCGCUCCGCUGCCUCCCACGGAAAAGAUAUUUGGCAAAGUGGCAGAGCUGCGCUACCAACACAACGAGCAAAUGAAGGUGCUCAAGAGAGUGCAAGAACUCCGUCAGGCAAGACUGAGCAAAGCACUUCAGCGAAAGCUAGAAGCACGUCGCCACCGGAAAAGCACAAUGUCGCACGCUCGAGAAGAAUGACCAAUGCCAAGAUCCGCUGUUGUU